AUUCUCCCACUCCUGCCUUUGCCUCCUGUGACUCAGACAGUGUGGAUGGAGCCCUUGCUGGUGAAGACCAAGAAAAGAAUAUGGCAAAAUUUGUGACAGCAUCUGCUAGAAGAACUUGAUUUUUAGUUUGCUUGCACAGACUGGAGAUGUUAGAAAGCACCCUUGUGCCAGAGAAGAAACAUGGAUAUCAGUUCAGUUGCAGGUACUCUUCUUAGUACAUAGAGUAAUAAUUAAUGUGAUUCUGAGUAUGCGAGAAGUCGUUUUAUAAAAAUCACAUGACAGGUCUGGUGAUGCAAAGCCUUUUUUACUCUUUGCUUCUCUAGUCUGUGAAGAAAUUUUCAUUUUUUUUCAUAAGUAUUGAGGUCUUCAUUGCUGGUAGCACUUCCUGAUUUAACACUAGAACAAAAGUCAUGGCAAAUAAAGAGUGGAAAAAUGGAACAGUUGUUACCGAGUUCAUCCUCCUAGAUUUUGGGAAUGGCCCUCAACUGGAUUGUCUUCUCUUCCUGAUGUUUCUGUCUAUCUACUUUGUGACCGUAACUGGGAACACCUGCAUCGCUGUGCUGGUGGUGGUUAAUCAGCACCUCCACACCCAAAUGUACUUCUUCCUGGGCAAUUUGGCCUGCUUGGAAAUCUGCUACAGCUCCAGUCUCUUGCCAAGGAUGGUGCUCGGCUAUGCAGAUAGAGACAGGCGCAUUUCAGUCAGGGGGUGUUUCACACAGUUCUAUUUCUUUGGCUGCUUGGCAGCUGCAGAGUGUUACCUGCUGGCCAUGAUGUCCUAUGACUGGUACCUCGCGGUGUGUGAGCCCCUGCACUACCCAUCCCGCAUGGACACUAAGCUCUGCCUCUGGUUGGGCGCUGCAUCCUGGGUCAGUGGCUUUCUGUCCAAUUCCAUACUAAUGUUCGUGAUCUCGAAUUUGGAUUUCUGUGGGCCAAAUGAAAUCGACCAUUUUUUCUGCCACUCCUUGCCAGUGAUGAAACUCUCUUGCAGUGACAUAUGGGUGGCAGGAUUUGUCACUUCUGUAGUGGUAGGUGUAUGCUUGCUGCCUCCAUUCCUGUUGACCUUCUCAUCCUAUCUCUACAUCUUUGUCACAAUUGUGAGAAUUCCUUCUGCCACUGGAAGGAAAAAGGCCUUUUUCACUUGCUCCUCACAUCUUACUGUGGUGAUUCUUUUUUACUGGUCAGUAUUAGCUGUCUACGUACUCCCUUAUCAUGAUACCCACAUAUUGCCAAACAAAGUCUUCUCUGCUUUUUACACCAUUCUCAUUCCCUUGGUCAACCCUCUCAUCUACAGUCUGAGAAACAAAGAAAUAAAGAAAGCUCUACAGAAGCAUAGGAGAAAAUUGUUUGCUUUCUGAGGGCUGCUUUCUGUGACAAAAAAUAAGGGGUAAUGGCCCUUAAUGAGUUACAGACACAAUUACAUUGCAUGUGAAUGUAGUUAGUUUGAAUAAAGCUCAGAAAUAUAUAGCUGUAUCUCUUA